AUGCCUUUGGAACAUGAUCACGGCCGAGGGUCUGCCAUCAGCCACGGCAAGCAUUCUCUUCCGGUUGGCCUCUGCAACCUGCGCACGGACGCAGCCGGGGGUACCCCACGGCAUAAAAGGCAGCGCGAGAGGUGUCUAACAGCAUUGACCCAGUCAAGUUUCCCUCGCCCCCGUACACUCACUCUCUUUUGCUCACGCACUCCCCACAUUCUUUUCAAGAUGAUCUCCUUCGGCCGCCUCUCUGCUUUCGCUGCUCUUGCUUUCGCCACUGUUUCGUCUGCGGCACCCGCCGUCGACGCCAGUGCGAUUAGCAGCACCGCUGCCGCCGCUGUCUCCAGUGUGACCGCUGCGGCUGCUGUCUCCAGCGUUUCCGCAAUUCCCAGCGCUCCCGCAGUCCCCAGCGUCGCGUCGGUCCCUAGCGUCCCCUCUGCAGAUGGCCUCGUGCCUCGCGACCAGAAGAACGUCGUUACGAUCAUUAACGAGACGACGGCCCAGGUGACCCAGUACACUCUGGAGUUCCAAUACCUCACGGCCGAGAACGCGACGGUCGAGGUCAUUGAGCCUCUCGUCCAGAACAUCAAGGGUGUCAUCGGUGGUGCUCUGUCUGAGGUCAGCCAGCUCGUUGGCCAGUCGCAGGACAUCAUCCUCGGUGUUGAGGGCGGUGCUCUGCUCACGGUGACUGAGGUUGCGUCCGCGGUCGUCGGUCUCCUCUCUCUCGUCCUCGAGGGUGUCUCUGCCGUCCUGGCAGUUGUCUCUUCGGAUGCGUCUGAGUGUGUCACCGUGCUCCUCGGCUCGCUUGUCGAGGUGCUUGGCUGCUUGAUCUGCGCGAUCUUCACGCUCGUCAGCGGUCUCCUCGGUGGCCUGAUCCCCGCUGUUGUCGGCCUCCUCGGCGACCUCACGGGUGUCCUCUCGACCCUCAAGGUCACUGUGCUCGUCAGCGUCCUCGGCAUCACCCUCUAAGAUGCUAUGAUUGACGUGUCUUCGCAUACCUACUAUGAUCGUCUCUAUACCUUAUCAGGAGUGCCAGCAUAAUAAACAUCUGAAAUCGGAUUGAACUGCGAGAUGAGGCCUGAUGUUGUUUCAGUGUCGGUUUUGGUGAGGCUGAGAUGAGUGAGGUUAUAGGUUUCGUUUGGCGGUGGAUGGUUGAUAUGGCGCAACGUUGAUGCUUAGUACGUGAUCGUACAACGUAUGGUGUUGCUCUUUCCCCAUUGGAUAGUUCUGGCGUCUCCGGACUUAUGUCGUGCACGGCGUUGAUUUGAACUUGUCGCUUUUAGUCAAUUUGUGUAGGUUCUUCGAAUGCCACCGCUCAAUGUCAACAUCAA